AAAGUGCUCAGUUUUUCCACCCAAUUUAAACUCCUCUCACACCUCUCAGAGGGAGCACACACAUCAUUCGGUGAAGUUGGUCUGAAAUGCUAUGAACGGGCACAUGGCUGAGAGAAGAGCUACACCAAUGCUCAUCACAGCUCUCAUAUGGGCAAUACUCUGUAUAUCUGCACAAUGCUCUGGGACAAAUGUUAAAAUUGGUGUCCCCGAAAACUACGAUGGUAUUUUCCCAUGGUAUCUAACAAAGCUUCAAAGCCUGCCAUCUAAUUACAGUGACCUGGUGGUAACAGGAGACGAUGAGGGGAUAUUUGGAGUUGAUGCUCAGUUUCUGUAUGCUCUAAAACCACUGGACAGGGAGAAACAACCAUCUUACUCUCUGCAGGUGUCCUUCAGACUGUCAGUGCAUCAUCAGAGCUUCAAUGUUGAAGUGUGUGUCAUCGACAAGAAUGACAACGUGCCUACGUUCAUAGAGGAGAGCAUGAGAGGCAGCGUGCAGCUCGGGCUUCUCAAGGGAAUACCAUUCAUGCAGGUGGAAGCACUAGAUCGUGACGACCGCAACAGUCCCCAUGCUGAGCUGCGAUUCAGCCUGAUGGAACAAACACCCAGGAUUCCCUCCAGCCAAAUGUUCUCCAUCGACUCGGUCACUGGAGAGGUUUCACUCACUGAAGAAGGAGCCUCUACUCUGGACCCAGAGAUGUGUGGCCGUUACAAGCUCUCAGUGAUGGUGAAGGAUAUGGCUGGGAGGGCAGAUGCUUUCUUCUCCACUGGCAUUGUUACUGUUGAGGUGACUGGAAACACUUGGGCAUCACCUGACCCUGUACGGCUUCAGGAAAAUCUCCCCGGCCCUUACCCUAUACCCAUCUCACAGGUCAAAUGGAGUGGCAGUCAGGCAGAGUAUGGUCUGGAGGGGGAGUUUCCAGAGAUGCUCUUCACCAUCAGCAGAGAAGGAGUCAUUUAUCUCAAUGCUCCUCUGGACAGAGAGACACAAGACCAGUUUCAAAUCAACAUUGUGGUUGAGCGUCCUGAUGGUAGGGAGAUUGCCAAACCUGUGGAGCUGAGGGUGAUGGUGGGUGAUGCCAAUGAUAACAGACCCACAUUUCCACAGGCACAGUACCAUACUGUGGUCAAGGAACUGGCUGCUCGAGGGACAGAAAUCCUGACAGUGCAGGCAGCUGAUAAUGAUGACCCCAAGACAGACAAUGUGCGGAUCUUCUACCGUUUAGUCGGACAAAUUCCAGAAAGUCCUCGUGCCCUCUUCAGAGUGGAUCGUGACUCAGGGGUCAUCUCAGUCCAAGCGGACAGUAUGGAGGGCACAGCACCGCAGUACACACUAACCAUCACUGCUGAGGAUGCCAAAGGUCUGAACAGUUCCUGCACCGUGGUUGUGACGGUGCAGGAUGAGAACAACAACCCACCGGUCUUCUCCCAACACGAGUACGGCCCUUUUCACAUCCCCGAAGAUGCCCUGGUGGGUACCACAGUGACAGCUAUGCUGGCGAGGGACGCAGAUGUUCGAGGUGGAGACAGCUGGCAGGUGGACUACCGUUUAGAGUCUGGAAAUGAGGAGGAGGUCUUUUCAUUAGUGACAGACAAGCAGACCAAUGAGCUCUCACUUGUCCUCUCAAAGGUGCUGGACUUCGAACGUGAGAGUGAAUACAUCCUUGUGCUCAGUGCCCAGAAUCCAGUUGCCUUAGUCCGUGGUCGAUACGGCCCUGCAUCCACAUCAACAGUCUCCAUUUAUGUUGAUGAUGUGAAUGAGGGCCCAAUCCUGUCUCAAAGCCAUUAUGAGGUGACUGUGAGGGAAGGGGAGGAACCAGGACGGGUUAUUGCCACCAUUCGAGGUUAUGACCCCGAUUCUCACCCAAUAAGAUAUUCUCUUCAAGGGGACACCAAGAAAUACUUUUCAAUUGGGAAGUAUUCUGGUGAGUUAAAGACUGUGCAGGCCUUGGACAGGGAGGAGAACAGCACGUACACCAUGGAGGUCAUUGCAGUGGAUGGACGAAACUCCUCCCUGUCUGCAUCCACCCUGGUGACUGUCCAUAUUCUGGAUGUGAAUGACAACAGUCCAGUGCUGGUUGGAGACUAUUCCUGGAAGUACCUGUGUACACCUCGCUUGGAGGAUCAAGCUCUGGUGCUUGCAUCACGGGACAGCGAUGGACCGCAGCAUGGAGGACGGCUUAAUUUCUCCCUCCGCAGUGAUGCCACGGUUCGACGUAACUGGAAGCUAACACCUAUUAAUGAUACUCACACCAACCUGUCCUUGAACAUCCCAUACCUACCUCCUGAUGUCUACACUGUGCCCUUCACCAUUUCUGACAGCAGCUCUCCUCCUAGGAGCACCUUCAUAAACUUGCCAGUGACGGUGUGUCCCUGCAAUGUCAGAGGAAACUGCAAAAUGGCUGCCAAACAGCUGGAGGGCAUGCCAACUAUUCAGUCUGCAGUUGGCAUCCUCCUUGGCACCUUUGCAGUCAUAGGAGUGAUCCUCAUUGUUGUAUUUGUGAGACUGUCCUACCAGAACCCCAAAGAGCCAAGCAAGACUAACCAAGAGAGAGUUCCCCUGAAGAUUUCAAUCUAAUUAUGCUGUAUUGUCCCACUUGCUGGACUAGCGUGACAAUCACGUUUCAGGGCAAUAAAUUAAUUACGUGACCGUGAAUGUCUUAACAUGAAUGUACACUUCAGUUGCAGUUAUAAGUUUAUAUGUACGCAAAAUACAUUUUAGUUUAGUCUAGAGCUCUCAGUAUGUUACAUGCUUAGGUCUGUGCUUGGGACAUGGUGUGGGCUUAUGUUCAAAGUUUGCCUGUUUUAUUAUUGGUGCAGAGCUGUUCAUUUCAUUUUAAAAUGGUGCCUAGUUACUAGAACAAGAACAAAUGAUGAAUCGUACUGAAAAUUU